AUGAGCUUGAUGCAGGACUUCGUCGUCAACAGGCUCAGAGACGACGCGGUGCGCCAUGACGAAUGGGCUACCAAAAAGUUCUGGCUUCAUGUCCUCAACAAAUUCGUGUUCACCGAAUCACACUACGUUGUGUCCUCCGAGCAGCCUCCUGUGUCCUUGGGAACUCAAAGACGAGUUGACAUGGUCGUUGAGGAUGGGAGUGGAGGAAAGCUUUUCCUCUUGUUGUUCAUCGAAGCAAAGAAGGGUAGAGCCGCUGGUGGAGAUAUUGCAGAGAUGGAAUCUCAGGCGUACUCUGCAGGUUACGAAUACUACAUGGAGAAUGAAAGAAGAAAUCGCAUAUGGGCAAUGACUUGCUACGGCUCUUGUGCUCGUUUCUGGGCCUUCGACUUCGAAGAGCGAUCAGGUUUGCCCACGCCAUUCUUCCCACGCGAAGGAAAUCACGGAGAGAAAUCCGCUUACGCCGACUUCAAGAGCUUUGAGCAUGAGAUCAUGGAGGCGUUUCGUUACAUUAAAGAAAACCCAUUACCUCCCGACUCGGUUUUUGCCGCAUCUCCAGCGGCAUCGGUGACUUCAGAUCUUGGCCUUGCCGGCCCCAGCUCUGCUACGACGGACAUCUUGACACCGGACACCGCAACUCUAGUUCGAGUUGUGAGAAUCCGCAGUCAGGGCCCGGAGGUUGAGACUCGCAGAGGAAACAGAACGCAGACUGCGCAAGCCAGGUGGUCGCCGGCGCAGUGCUUGGUGGAUGGGGAAGUUAUUGAUGGCUACAAAUACGUGGGUAAUUCAGGUACUGUGUACUGGACGAUGAAUUCCAUCUCACCUUGA